AUGGCUUUUCUGUACUGGGGCAUACUGGCCAUCACGGCGGCGCUAGUGCUAAACCGCGUCUUGCAGUAUGGCAUGAGAACGAAAGAUCUCCCUCCAGAUGGACCCAUUACGGCUCUGAAACUGGGGGCACAAAACAUGGUUCUCUUGAACGACCCGAAUGUGGUUCGGGAUCUGAUUGAGAAGAGACAAGCGAACUAUUCUGCUCGGCCGGAUUUGUGGGUCCGCAGCUUUGGAGACAAUUUAAACAUUGCACUCCGCGACAAUGAUGAGGUCUGGCGUCGGCAGAGAAAGAUUUACCACCUCCGCUUGAAUGUGAAGUCGGCAGAUAGGUAUCUUCCGUAUCAGACUUUCGACAGCCUGCAGCUGGUUCAAGAGCUUCUUGACAGGCCUGAUGACUUCGUGGAGCAUGUGCAGAGGUAUACCGCCAGCAUAUCAACGGCUAUGCUAUAUGGAUGGCGCACACCCAAGACAGGUACUGGGUAUGUGACGGACUUGCUCACGUGGAUGGAAGUAACCUCUGAGGCGUUGAAUUUCAACCUCGUCGACUUCUACCCGUUCCUGCGCAGACCUUACGAUAUUAUACCCCACUGGCUCCUUCCUAGCAAGAGAAAAUUGUACGAGCUACGGAAGCUCGAAGAUCGCGUGUUCUUCGACCUCCUCUACCGCGCCAAGGCCAAGUUGGCGGCCGGGAAUGCCCAUCCAAGUAUCAUACGAGACAUGCUUGAGGACAAAGAUGACGACAGACUGGACGACCGCCAGAUCGCGAAUAACGCUGCCCACGGCUUUGGCGCCGCCAUGGCCCAGGAGGAGCUUGACAGUGUAGUCGGGAUAAAUAGACUACCAUUAUGGGAGGAUAGACCGAACCUGCCUUACAUUCGCGGAGUCGUGGAGGAGACGUUGCGAUGGGCCCCCAGUCCAAUCAGUGGUGCUGUACCGCAUGCAGCAAAAGAGGAUGAUACAUAUCGUGGCAAGGCUAUCCCACAAGGAUCCAUAGUCAUGAUGAAUAUAUGGUCCUUGAAUCAUGACCGAUUUGAGAACCCACGGGACUUCGAUCCUCAGCGCCUGGAUCCCGCUAUUACUCUCACAGAGAACAAUGCAAUCAGUCAGGACUCGUCAAGGCGUCUUCACUUCACCUUUGGCGCUGGCCGCCGCGUCUGCCCAGGUUUCCACGUGGCAGAAAGAAACCUGUUCAUGGCUAUCUCACGUAUGCUGUGGACAUUCACCAUCGAGCAAAAGCGUGAUGUUUAUGGAAACCUCAAGUCGAUUGACAGGGAUGCAGUCUAUCCUGAAAACGGCUUGAUUAUUCGACCAGCAGACUUUGAAUGCACAAUUUCGCCACGAGAUGCGAUGCGAAAGAUGCUCAUUUCGAAGGCUUGGAAAGAGGCAGAGAAGAACCUUGACUCAGAAGGAAACUUCACCCAGGACUUCAUUGACGCAUCAUUCGGUGAUGGAUUGGCGUAA